AUGAAAAUUGAGAAUAUUUUAAUUGAGCAUUUCCCGCGUUUGAAAUGUGCCAAUUUUUUCAUUUUGUUCGAUACAAAUUUCGAUGAUGUGUCAUCGGUUCGGGUGCAUUUGCGGCCAACGGAAAUUUUUGUGCGCUUUGAAAAUGACCAUAGUACGACAAUUGAUUUGCAAUCACUGGCCGUUCGCAUUCAAAUCAAUUCGUUGAGUUUGCUAAUUGCCAAAGAGAAUUUAAUUAGUUUUCGGAUAAAUAUCGCGUCGAGUUUUCGUGAGGAAAUCCUACCGAUGCAAUCAACGAUGAAUGCGGCGAGUGCAAUGAAACGACUAAGCUUGAAUGUGGAACCAGACACGGAAUUUUCGAUUGUAUGCGAUAAUUGUAGUGGGCCAUUGAGUAAAUCGUUGCAUUUUCGUCGCAUCCUUGAGCUGCCAUCGGAACAAAUGGAUUCGAAUGAAUGGUUUUGUCAUAAACCAGAGGCAACCACAUGCAAUGGGCAACAUCAACCCGUAUUCAGUGCAACCAGUCUAAUGCCGGCUGAAGAUGAUUUACUCUUUGGCAACUAUUUUGCACUCAUUCAUCGCACACACAUCCAGAACAUUCACGUGAAUUCGCAACAGCGAAUGAUCCACUGCAAACGAUGUCUCAGCCAUAUUGGCGAAAGUGUCGGCGAUUCGACGCUAAAAUUCUGGAAUGGCAACAUCAAAAUCAUUCGAACCAACGUCGACACACCAGAACGUUUAUUCACCGAUUCCAAUUCAUUGUUUCAUAAUUUUCUUGUCAUUGUAGAUCGCGUCUCAUACGAUUAUCAAAUGCUCGGACGUCAAACACUGAAAUUAUUAUUCGAAGCGCGCAGCUCCAAAGGAACCACAUUUUUAUUCAUUCAAACCAUGGCACGUAAUUUGGAAAUCUAUCAAAUGGACAAGCACACAAACACCACCACUGAUCGAGCGACAAUGACACGAGUCGAUGGCAUUAAAUGCCUAUUUUUAUGCGAAGAAAAUACCGAUCGAACACUCGUUGAAUUCUGGCAAAAAGACGUGAAUGUCGUUAGUGCACACAUUUCCAUCGGUAUGCUCGAUGCCACCGUUGAACACCUACAUCUACUCUCCAAAUACGUACCCGAGCAAUUUCGAAUGAACAACGGUUUCUGCCUAAGUUACUUAAGUUAUGGCAUUAAUUCAUAGCAAUAUUUAUUUCUUUUUUCUUGUCCUGAAAAAAACUUUACGUAAAACACACACUGUUACCGAACACCAUUUUUUUUUUUGCUGCUGUUGUUGAGAUUUUGUUUAAUCGAUUAAUAAAAAAAACACACACAGCAUCAAACGCAAAA